CUGUCUGGCUGUGUGGCUGUGCUUGUUUAUUUUCCAGAUGGGCUCUUACUUUGGCUCCUCAUUAUGUGGAGUUGACCUGAACAGGGACGGCCUGUCGUACCUGCUGGUUGGAGCGCCCAUGCACAGCACGCUACGGGAUGAGGGACAGGUCUCUGUCUACCUCAGCAAGGGCAACGGUGUGAUGGAGGAAGCUGGACUCUUAAAUGGUGAUAAUGCCUACAGUGCACACUUUGGAGAGUGCAUCACUGCAAUCGGAGACAUUGAUGACGAUGGGUACCAAGAGCGAGAGAAAUCUGCUGCGCUCAUUGGUUGUUCUUGCAUUGCAGAUAUUACCAUUGGUGCGUUUAUGGCUGAUAGCGUGGUGUUAUUGAGGUCCCGGCCGGUGAUCACUGUGGACGUGUCCAUCUACCUACCUGUCUCCAUCAACAUCUCUGUGCCUCAGUGUCACGAGGGACCACAACACCUCAACUGUUUCAACGCUACAGUCUGCCUGCUCUUCAGAGGAAAACACCUGCCAGGACAGAUAGAGUUGUUGUAUAACCUGACAGCUGAUGUGGAUAAGAGGCAGAGGAGCCAGUCUUCCAGAGUGUACUUUAUUCAGAAUGGAGCCCAGAUCAGCUUAAUGAGCAACGAGCUCAGUCUGGACAUCAACAGAGAGGAUUGCCAACAGUACACUGCAUAUGUUAAGAAGGACGUGAAAGACAUAUUCACAGCCAUCACCUUUGAGGUGGCCUACACCCUGGGGAAGCAUGUGGUGAACGGUCACCUGGACAAAGACCUGCCUGCUCUUACACCUGUACUGCGCUGGAGGAAAGGAGACAAGAUGGCAGCAAAGAAUGAGACAUGGUUUGAGAGGAACUGCCUGUCUGAUGACUGUGCUGCUGACCUGAGACUCCAUGGGAAACUGCUGCUUUCUGGGCUCCACGUGCGGUCCCAUCUGGCCCUAGGAGGAGUGAGGAACGUCUCUCUGAACGUGACCCUGUCCAACGCAGGGGACGAUGCCUACGACACCAACAUCUACUUCAACUUCUCCAGAGAUGUCUUCUAUAUCAACUACUGGCAGAAGGUUGGUUGUCGUUCUAUUGUUGUUGUACAUGGGGGCUGUUGUGUGAAAGGUUUCAUUGAUUGGUUGUUCUGUCUUUUCAUUCUGCUGUUGUCUCUUCAUGACUAUUGUUGUGCAU